CUCAGAGGCGCAAGAGUUUUGUGAACCUUAAUCGCUGACAUUAAGCUGCAGACAUAGGCCUUUAAAAGGAAAAAGAAACUGUUUCAGGUCGGACGGGACAGCUCUUUGGGCUUACAAGAAGAGUAGUUUCAUCUGUCUGAAACUGCUGUUGUUUUGGUGCAGGUCCACGAGCGCAACGAUGGCCACCUACCCAGGCCCUGAAGAGAACGUCCUGAUCCUCAUGGACACCAACUCGAGCGCAACGGAGAAAGACCGGACCAAAGACGAACCACCGCCCGAGAAGUGGCCGGACAAAUCCGAGUCCGACCAGAAACCGCCGUACUCCUACGUGGCGUUGAUCGCCAUGGCGAUCCGGGAGAGCUCGGAGAAACGGCUCACGCUGUCCGGUAUCUACCAGUACAUCAUCAGCAAGUUCCCUUUCUAUGAGAAGAACAAGAAAGGAUGGCAGAACAGCAUCAGACACAACCUGUCACUCAACGAGUGCUUCAUCAAAGUGCCUCGGGAGGGCGGCGGCGAGCGAAAGGGCAACUACUGGACCCUGGACCCGGCCUGCGAGGACAUGUUCGAGAAAGGGAACUACCGGCGGAGACGACGCAUGAAGAGACCGUUCAGGCCACCGCCGACGCAUUUCCAGCCCGGUAAAUCUCUGUUCGCAGGCGAUGGGUACGGUUACCUCUCCCCGCCCAAAUACCUGCAUUCGGGCUUCAUCAACAACUCCUGGUCUCCGACGCCCAUGCCCUACACCUCCUGUCAGAUGAGCAGCGGGAGCGUGAGUCCCGUGAACGUGAAAGGCUUGUCUGCGCCGUCCUCGUACAAUCCGUACUCUCGCGUGCAGAGCGUGGCUCUACCCGGCAUGGUGAACUCUUACAACGGCAUGAGCCACCACCACCAUCACCACCACGCACUCCCUCACGCGCAGCAGCUGAGCCCCGCCGCGGCCGCGGCGCCUCCGGUGUCCGCCGGUAACGGGACGGGACUGCAGUUCACUUGCUCGCGCCAGCCCGCCGAACUCUCCAUGAUGCACUGCUCGUACUGGGACCACGAGAGCAAACACUCCGCACUGCACGCGCGGAUUGAUAUAUAACGCGCUCGACUCGAGACCAAGAAGUGAGGAACAUUUACACGCUAACAGACAGUAGGCUACAUAAAUCCCCAAAAAAAGACAUUUCAUAAAAGCGUCACUCGAGCCUCGAAUUAUGGAAACCCUGACAGGGACUAAAGAUUUUUUUUUUUUUUUUCCCCCACGGGAGACUGUUAUGCACAUUUGCGUUCUGAAUGUGCAAAAACGAUUUUAUCACACACCAUCACAAUUAUUUUGAAGGCACCGUCACUAUGGAAUUACAAAGCAUGUUUACCUGAAUCCGUUCUCAACGUGAACGAGCUGACUCUGGAGUGAAGAAGUAUUGGGUUCUGAACCCCUUUGCCGAUUAAUAUAUAUUUUGCUUUUUGCUUUUAGAUGUUUAAGGAGACAUAUCGGAGCUCAGGACGGGUAGAUAGACGGAAGCUCUGUCGAAACGUGUGUGCAAGUCACACAAAACACACUCACAUAUGCGUUUUGGCCUCUUUUAAGGUCCAGUGAUGGAGGGUUUAAUGGGGUCAGUGCGCGUGACUAGUUUGGACUGUUUUUGUAUGUUUUUUUUUUUUUGUUGUUGUUGUUUUUGUUUUUUUUGAAAAGCAUAAAAUUACUUGUAAUGUCUACGACACAUUGGGACCAUGUUUAACUAGCACUUUUCGA